GCCGAGAGUACGAUAAGGAGGGGAACCUGCGUCCGUGGUGGAGGAACUCGUCGGUGGAGGCGUUCCGGCGGCGGACGGAGUGCAUGACGGAGCAGUACAGCAAAUACACCGUCAACGGGGAGCCGGUGAACGGGAGGCAGACGCUGGGCGAGAACAUCGCCGACAACGGGGGCCUGAAGGCCGCCUACAACGCGUACCAGUCGUGGAUCAGGAAGAACGGAGCGGAGAAGCAGCUUCCUGCCGUCAACCUCACCAACGAUCAGCUGUUCUUCCUGGGAUUCGCUCAGGUGUGGUGCUCCGUCCGGACCCCCGAGAGCGCCCAUGAGGGUCUGAUGACCGACUCCCACAGCCCGCCGCGCUACCGCGUCAUCGGCACGCUCGCCAACUCCCCCGACUUCAGCCGCCACUUCAACUGCCCCGAGGGCUCGCCAAUGAACACGGGGCGGCGCUGCGAGGUCUGGUAGACCGGCCAAUCAGAGGGCGGCGGGGGCGGGGCCUAGCCCCCACUCUUAAAGGAGCCCUGUUAUGAGUUUCAUGACACAUCUGUACAUGUUCAAAGCUUCAAUUAAUGACAAAACACUGUUUUUUUGUCACUUUUUGAAGCUUUUUAACAUUUUUGCACAUUUGUUUAACAAAUCACAUAUUUUAUGAGUUUCAUAACAUAUCUGUAAUGUUACAGUCUCACAUGUUAAAACAGCAAAAGCUAAAAAAAAAAUUGUUACUUUUGGAAGCUUUUUAACAUUUUGUUUCCUUUUUAAAGUUAUUUGUGGUUAAAAACACAGUCAUACAACAAUUAAAACCCAUAUUUCUUUAAAUUAAUGUAACUGUGAUAUUACAACCUCGGAUGUUUGUGCCAAAACUUCAUAUUUCCCUGUUUUUGUCAGUAUUUGUUGUU